AUGUUGGGUUUACGGCCGAAUGAUUGGCGUACGCAGCAGUUAAGGUCUGAUCUGAUGAAUUGGCCUGCCGAAUUGUUGUGGAUCUUCUUCGUGUGUGUUUUUCCUGCGAUCAAAUGCAGUCAGAGUGAGAUCGAAAGACAUUUGGAUAUGGGUAAAGAGUUCCUUUCGAAGGGUCAGUUUGCGGAUGCACUCACACAUUACCACGCUGCAAUCGAAUUGGAUCCCACCAACUAUCAAACAUUAUAUAGACGAGCAACAGUUUUGCUUGCAAUGGGUCGAUCUAAAUCAGCAGUGACUGAUUUAGAUCAAGUCAUCGAAUUAAAACCCGACUUUACAGCUUUGAAAGCAGAUCCAAGCAACCACGAGGUUCAACACAAAGUGGAAACGGUCAAGCAAGUAAAGGAUUUCAUUCGCGACGCAGAGAGUUCGUUCAAAUCCGGUGAUUAUGCCAAUGCUGAAUACUAUUAUACGAAAGCGAUUGAGGCAGGUCAUAUAGGUGAAGCAAUAACGAUGUGUACAGAAUUUUUAAAAAGUAGUAAUCCGAAUGAUUUGGACGUACUUUGCGAUAGGGCGGAAGCAUAUCUGGUCAAUGAGCAAUACGACGAAGCAAUUGCUGAUUUUCAAAAAGCGGUUAAAGAACAUGACAGUUCAAGGAGAGCACAAGAAGGCUUAAAUAAGGCACAGAAAUUAAAGAAGCAAUCUGGUAAAAAGGACUAUUAUAAGAUACUUCGAGUCAAAAGGAAUGCAAACAAACGCGAAAUAAUGAAGGCGUAUAGGAAACUGGCUCAACAGUGGCAUCCAGAUAACUUCUCAGAUGAGAAAGAAAAGAAGAAAGCUGAAAAGAUGUUCAUUGAUAUUGCAUCAGCAAAGGAGGUAUUAACUGAUGCUGAAAAGAGAGCGCAGUUUGAUAAAGGUGAAGACCCGUUGGACCCAGAGCAGCAACAACACGGCGGUUUUCAGAAUCCAUUUUAUGGUGGAUUUCCGUUCGCUGGCGACGGUGGACCGUUCUCAUUUAAGUUCCACUUUGGAUAA